AGAAAAAAGCCUUACCUGCAAGUCCAUGAAACAAACCUAACAGUCUUUACUAUCAUUUUAUUCUAUUCUAUUUGUUGCUGUCGUUGCUAUUAUUAUUAUUAUCAUUUUUAUUUUCCCUUGUAAUAACAGAACGUUGCUUCCAAGUAAUCAUAAACAUCCCCAAAACCCCAAUUCCUUAAAAAAUCUCAGCUGCUUUCGAUAAUCUUGAAUUGUGAAUUGUUUUGGUUGGUGAUCUCAUCUAUCUAUUGCAACAAAAAUCAUGACUUCCAAUGGCGCUUCUACGCAGAGACCGGUGGACGCCGACAACAGUUUGGAAAGGAUCAAGCGGCAGUUAGCGUCUGGUUCUGGUCGGAAUUUGUUGCAGGGUCCACUUCUCAAGCGAUCUGAAACUUUAAGAAAAUGGAAUGAAAGAUGGGUGAUAUUGGACCCAACAACUGGAAAAAUGGAAUACAAGACUAGGAGAAAUGAACCAGCUAUUAAGGGUACUAUCAUCUUUGAUGCAAAUAGCACGAUAACAGUUUCUCCUGUCAACUUCCAUGGACUUCCAAAGUAUGAUGGCUGCUGUUUCUACAUUGGCACUCCACAAAAAAAGGACUACUUUCUUUGCGCGGAGACUCCUGGUGCAGCAAGAGCAUGGGUAGCAACAUUACAUGCAACUCAGUUGGUUCUGAAGGCCCAUAAGGAGGCAGUGAAUUCCUUAAGUGGGACAGGUUCUGCAAAAUUAGGGACAGUUGCGACUGUAGUUGCUGCAGCCAAUUCAACAGCCCUUGAAUGCUCUAAAGAAAUUGAAGCUGCUAUGCAGAUUUCAUUGAGAAAUGCUUUGGGAAUGGUGAAUAAUAGGAUAACUGAUGGUCCCAUGGAUGAUCUAGCAAUCAUGAAGGAGACACUAAAAGUCAAGGAUGAGGAGCUGCAGAAUUUGGCCCGAGACCUUCGUGCUCGUGAUUCAACAAUAAGGGAGAUAGCAGACAAGCUAUCUGAGACAGCUGAAGCUGCUGAGGCUGCAGCAUCUGCAGCCCAUACAAUGGAUGAGCAACGGAGAAUUGCUUGUGCUGAGAUUGAGCGCUUGUCAAAAGCUUCACAGAAGCAGCUGGAUUCAUCCUUGUUAAAGUUGAAAGAGUUUGAAGAGAAGGUUAACAAUCUAAGCAAAGAAAGAGAUGAAAUGAUCAAGCAGAGAGAAUCUGCUCUUCAGGAGGCACAUCUAUGGCGUUCUGAGCUUGCAAAAGCUAGAGAGCGUGUUGUGAUAUUGGAAGGAGCCGUAGUGCGAGCAGAGGAGAAAGUUAGGGUUGCAGAAGCAGAUGCUGGAGCUAGAAUAAAAGAAGCUUCACAGAAAGAGGCAGCUGCUGUGAAUGAGAAGCAAGAGCUUCUAGCAUAUGUAAACAUGUUACAGGCACAACUUCAAAGACAACACAUUGAUACUCAGCAAGUGUUUGAAAAGACCGAGUCUUCAAAUGCUGUUGGAAACACUCUUCCCCUGACUAAGCAUGUGGACUUAUCGGAAGCGAAUGUAGAUAAAGCUUGUCUCAGUGUUUCUAGAGUUUUGCCAGUCUCUGAGGAGAGUGUAGUGGACAUGGGAGUCGAUCAAGCUAAUCUCCAGCCAAUUGGAGAUACUGAAUGGAGCGACAUUCAGCCAACAGAGUCGAGAAUAGCCGAUGUAAAAGAGAUUGCCCCUGAGACAGAAGGAAGCAGCUUGGAUAUUUCUGUCGUUAGCCCACCUGUAAAUAAUCAUCAUGAUCAAGGAGGUAACAAUUUUCAUCAGCCCUGAUGCUUAGUCAAAGGUAUACAUAAUACAGAAGAUAACGAUUUGCACAUAACUUGGAUGGUAAGCUAUUCGAAAUUACUUAACAAACAAAAUGUUCGCCGGGUGUAUUUUUCUUUAUUGGCUGGCUGGUUGGAUGUUAUUGUUCUGAUGCCACUGUGCCUUUUGGUAGAGGACCAAUAGAGUUUUCCUGAAUGUACUUUAAUAGCUUACAAUAAUCUAUAGAUCACAUUUAUGUAGAGAGCAUAA